AUGUUGGGGCAUCGAGUGUCCAAAAAGGGAAUUGAAGUUGACCAAGCCAAGGUUGAUGUGAUUGAGAAGCUGCCGCCACCCACUUCGGUAAAGGCAGUGAGAAGUUUCCCGGGGCACGCAUGCUUCUAUAGGCGGUUCAUUAAGGAUUUUUCCAAGAUUGCUAACCCCUUAUGUAAGCUGCUUGAAAAAGACCAGCCCUUUGUAUUUUUUGAUGAUUGUAGAUUGGCCUUUGAGGAGUUGAAAAAGAUACUGUUGAAUUUGGAUAUGGAGACCGCAGGCACCAGCAGAAUCACUGGGUUACAUGAGCUCGAGGAAUUCAAGUUCCAGGCAUUUGAAAGUGCUAGACCAUACAAGGAAAGGAUGAAACUAAUGCAUGAUAAGAACAUCUUGGAUCAGAACAUCAAAUCCGGAGAUCUAGUGUUGUUAUACAACUUGAGAUUGAGAUUGUUUCCGGGUAAGUUGAAGUCCCGAUCGUCAGGACCCUUCAGAAUAGUGCAAAUGUUCUUAAGUGGAGUUGUGGAGAUUGAAUCGGAAGAUGGGACAACUAAGUUCACGGUGAAUGGCAAAGGCUAA